CAAUUGUAUCAAAGAUGUAUUAAAACUAAAUUUCAGUUUAAAAAUUUAUACACACAUAAGUACAUAUAUUUUACAAGGAUAUGAAAAAUUAUCCGAUAAAUAUAAUAAUAUCGUUCUUAGUCUGAACAUUGAAUUGGCAAGUCACCAAAAACUAUUCAAAGGAAAAAAUGCAUUAUACUUGUUUUAUUUCCAUGUGAAGCUAAGCGACACAAAUAGGAAAAUUCGAUUCAUCGAUAGAUACACCGGUAACUUGUAUGUGGCAGUGGUACAUAAGAAAUAAAGAAGACUCAAGGUCGUCUACUUCUUGAUUUUACUGGUGUUAGUUUUUGCAUCGUUUUUGGGUGUGGGUUUUUUAAAACGCAAAUAGACAAUAAAAUAAAACACAUUUGCAAAUAAUGGCCAUUAGCUUUGAGAAGUAUAGAAAUCAGAUAGAGGCUGCUUGGAGAGAUGUUUUGGAUGAUAAAUCUUCAACUGAUUGGGCCUUGUUUAGUUACGAGGGCCAGACAAAUGUCUUAAAACUUGUGGCUAGUGGUGUGGAUGGUGUUGAAGAACUAUGUGAGGAGUUAAAUAGUGGAAAAAUAAUGUAUGCAUUUGUCAGAAUUGAAGACCCAAAAACGGGUUUAAAAAAAUUCUUACUCAUAAACUGGCAGGGCGAAGGGGCACCUGUUCUACGAAAAGGUACUUGUGCCAAUCAUAUACACGAUGUAGCCAAACUGCUGUCUGGCGCUCAUCUAACAAUUUAUGCUCGUAAUGAGGAUGACAUUGAUUUGGAGCGGCUCUUAAAAAAGCUUAGCACUGUAUCUUCAGCAUAUAGCUUUAAGGAACCACGUACGGUGAAUGACGGACAAAAAACACCUAUAGGCACUAACUAUACUCGUGUUAUACCCACAAAAGAAUUAAAUGCUUCAGUCACGCAAAACUUUUGGAAGAAGGAAGAAGAAGAAGAAAAACAUCGUUUGGCAACUGAAAAGGAGCAAAGGCGUUCAGAACAAGUCAUGUUAGAAAAGGAGCAACGAGCACGCGAAGAGAAAGAACAUUUAGAAAGAGAAAAAAAAUUGCAAAUGGCAAAUAAAUUGCAACCAGCUCAUAUACCAAUAAAAACAUCACCACAACCGUUAAGCCCUGAAAAAACUGUUGCUAGUAGUUUUGGGUCAGCUUUAACCGAAGCAGAACGUAUGCGCCAGCAGCGCAGCCAAGAAGCUAGAGAACUAAUUGGAUCUCGUGUAGGGGCAGCUAAAGCUAUUUUUACAAAACACACUAGUGAGGGACAACUACAAAGCAACGUAUCUUUUCACCUUAGACUCAAUACAGCACCGCCCGCAAAACCCGUUCGCAAUUCUAUAACACAACGUAUUAAUGUUUUUAAUCAAAAUCAAUCACAAAAUGAAUCCAAUGUAGAACUUUCACAAGGACAACAACAAUUACCAGGCAAAAUUACUUUACCCAAACAUAUACCAGAUGAACCGAUGAAUAUUCAAAAAGAUGAGAAUAAACCCGAUGAGGAAGAAGAAAGGCGUAUUUUAGAAACGAAUUUGGAGCCUGUUAAGCCUGAAAUGACAGCCAUAGCUAAUAAUGAGGAGGAAUCACACAGUAUUGAUGAUUAUCCGUUAGAACCAGAUAGUGAACAGUAUUCGACUAUUAAAAGGUCACCACAUAGCAAGUCGAAUUCUUUACAAUCACCAGACGAGACAUCAUCAUCAAAUAACACGGAUACUGCCCUGUAUCAAGACGAGGAAGAAGAGAUUAUGCGCACUAAAGUUUCAGUAACUGUACAGCAAUCACAGUCACACGCAAUAGCUGGAAAUAAGAAUGGCUACAUGGGAGAAAGAAGCGAAAUUAACGACUUAGUUAAUGAGGAUGAUUUUAUAUGCCACGACUCAUUGGGAGAUUUGGGCUUGAAAGCCCGUGCUCUAUAUGAUUAUCAAGCAGCUGAUGAAUCUGAGAUUACAUUUGAUCCUGGCGAUGUUAUUACUCAUAUUGAUCAAAUCGAUGAAGGGUGGUGGCAGGGUUUGGGACCUGAUGGAACUUAUGGACUGUUUCCGGCAAACUAUGUCGAAAUAUUAGACUAAUAAUCUAUAGAAAAUAUGUAACUUAAAAUAAUGGAAUUGUAUAGAACCUGUUAAGUUCUAUACAAUUAUGUAUAACGGUAAUUUCAACAAGUUGAUAAAUAGAAAAUUAAUUAGCUACGGAUCUAUGCCAUCCAAAUAUGAAAUUCAAAGCGUACAGAAAACAGCAUUUUUCGGAUUUCUCAUUUCCGACUUUAAAGAAAUUUGCCGCAAUUAUUAUCAAAUCAUUCAACACUCGACACCCUUUCAAUAAUUAAAAAUUUCACAAAAGUGUACAUAGAUAACUACUUAAUUUGAUUUUAUUUGAAAUAUAAAUCUAUGUAUAUGUCUUUUAAAAUUUUAUGAGAAAAUAUAUUUCUUUCAAAAGUUCAAAAUAACAUUCUUAAGUUAUAAAAUUCAAAGGGAUUUAUCUUAAAACCCACAUUUUUAAAUUUAAAACCCCCUUCUAUAUAUUUGUAGAAAUUUUAAAUUUAAUACAUUCUGGUUCAUAACUUCUAAACUAAAAGACUGUACAAAUAUAUAAAAGACUUUUGCUAUUAGCAUUUCAUUUUAUGAACAUUUUUAAAGCUGUGGUUUUUUGAGAUAAGUGACUGAUACAGUUCAGUCACAUAUCACAUAGCUUUAAAAAUAUUCAUAAAAUUAUAUGACAAUAGGCAAAGUCUUUUGUAUAUUCGUACACAUUUUUAUAUUGCACACUUUUAAUUUAGGAGUUAUGCAAUUGUAGUUUAGGAGUUGUGUUGUACAUUUUGUAGUUUAAUAGGUAUUGUGAAAUUUUUAAAUUUUUUAUACAUUGUUAAGACGUCAUAUUUUUCGACGGGAAAGGGUUUGAUGGUUUGAUAAACACUUGCAAUACAUAAUAACUGUGUUGCAUUUCGUUAAAAUCGUAGAUGACCAAUCGGGAUUGAUCAUCCUAAUAUUUAAAUUUUAUUUGUUGAAAUUACAAUCAUUACUUCACAAAUUCACAAGCAAUAGUUAAAGUAAAAAUCUUUAAGUACAUAUAUUCACCUAAAAUGUAUCAAGCCAUAACUAAUAUUUCAAUGUUAGUUACGAAUUAAGGUUUUUUGUGACGAUAUAGAGAAACUGUAUCUUAAAUAACGUCUAUUGUUAACUAAAUAUCUACAUUUAAGUAUUAACCUAUUAAAUUGGUGCCAACUUUAAAGCAUUAAUAAACUGGGGCCGUAACAGUUAUGACUUUUAUCAUAAAAGUCAGCAAAUAGCGUUAUUUUUUUAUUUUUAUUUUUUCGACCAGAAAAAACGUUAUUUGCUGAAUUUUAUUUUUUGAUCAAACAUAAAAGUUAUUUUUUGAUGUUUUGUUUUUUACCAAAACUUAUUUUUAUGUUUAUUUUUAAAAGUAAACAUAAUUUUUUUUAUUAGCUUCAAGUUUAUUAACCAAAAAAACAUGAUUUCUGCUCGAACAAAUAAAAAGCAAAAAAUUACUUAUCUCUACUUAAAAUAACUGUUAUUUUCGGUCCCUGUUAAUAAGUAUUUCCUUUAUCAAUAAUUUUUUACACAUUUGAUGCUGCUUUAGUUUAUUAAGACUGCGAUAGAUUGAAUCCGUUGCCACUUGCUGUAACUGCCAGCUUCAAAAAUUACAACAGCAACUAAACUAAAGUUAUUGAGUACAUUUAGUUCUAUAUUUGUUGCCAUGAAUUCUAUUAAUUCCGGCCUUUAGAUAAUAUUACUGUAUUAUUUUUUACGUCCUUAUUUUAACUAUUGCGUCCCGUCAUUUUAUUAUUUUUAUUUAGAUUAUUUAAAAAACGCUACCGUUUAUCUUAUUAAAACAUACAUAUAGAAUAUACAUAUAUAUUUAAACAACAAUAAUGUCCUUUUUAUAUUUAUAUAUAUACACGUGCAUACAUACAUACAAUAAACAAAAUGAAGAUAUUCAAACAUA